AUGCCGCGAUACUACUGCGAUUACUGCGAUACAUACUUAACGCAUGAGUCGGCAGCGGUUCGAAAGCAACACAACUCGGGUUAUAAGCACAAGGCCAAUGUAAGGAACUACUACAACAACUUCCUUCAAAUCAGCGCGGAGGCGGGUGGCAGCAGCAGCAGCGGCAUGGGCCCCAUGACGUCAUCUAUGCCAGCUGCACGGCCAAUGGGCCCUAUGGGCGGCGGCAUGGGCCCUAUGGGUGGCGGCAUGGGCCCGAUGGGGGGUGGCAUGGGGCCUAUGGGCGGCGGCAUGGGCCCAGGCAUGGGAAUGCGGCCCAUGGGAAUGGGCAUGGGGAUGGGAAUGGGCAUGGGGAUGGGAAUGGGCAUGGGAAUGGGCAUGGGACCAG